AUGGGCUUCUCUUUAUCACGCUGGCGUCCCCAGCCAGACGCUAAACCAGCUGUUAUUAAUGCCGAUCAGAACUAUACGUCUGAUAGCUCUGAUCCCGCUCUUCUUCGCGAUGGAAACCUUGCUUUUACGCGUGUGCAGGGCGGAAAUGACGCGAAGCCUUCGUAUCAGGAGGCCAUCGGCGCGCCCGUCGAGACCAACUCACCUUUAGGCUAUCAAGUUGGAUGGUUGACUAUCAUCUUCUUGAAUGUCAACCAGAUGAUUGGUACUGGUAUCUUCUCGACGCCUGGCAGCAUCCUCAACUCCACAGGAUCUAUAGGUCUCGCUCUGAUCUACUGGUUUAUCGGCUUUAUCAUGGCCGUUGCCGGAUUCUGCGUGUAUCUUGAGUUCGCUAGUUAUUUCCCCAGUCGAUCUGGAGCCGAAGUCGUAUACCUCGAACAAGCUUAUCCCCGACCGAAGCAUUUCUUUCCGAUUGCGUAUGCAGUGCAAUCAGUUGUUUUGUCAUUCAGCAGCAGCAACGCGAUUGUACUGUCUCGAUAUCUCUGGAGAAUCGCUGGAAAGACGCCAAGUGACUGGGAGAUGAAGGGUGUCAUUGCUCACAACAAGUACUCCCUCUGGGCUGUCAAUGUCUUGGGCUUCUUCAAGAUCAUCACUCUAAUCUUCAUUUCAAUCACUGGCUUCGUGGUUCUCGGCGGCAACGUCUCUCGAAUCCCAGACCCAAACGCCAACUUCCGCAACGCAUUCGAGGGCACAACCAACAACGGAAAUGACCUUUCAACAGCUUUGGUCAACAUCGUCUUCUCAUACACCGGCUAUGCCAACGCCUUCAAUGUAGUCAACGAAGUCAAGCGACCGAUCCCAACUAUCAAGAAGUACGGAUUCAUCUCUGUUCUUCUCGUUGCUGUUUUAUACAUGCUAUGCAACGUCGCAUACUUCUCUGCUGUCCCUAAGAAAGAGUUUGCAGAGUCGAAUGAGAUCGCUGCAUCAGUCUUCUUCACCAGUGUCUUUGGUACUAGUGGUGCUGUGACAGCUUUGAAUGUUCUUGUGCUGCUGAGUGCGUACGGUAACCUUCUUGCUACACUGAUUGGCGCUUCACGAUUGAUUCGUGAGAUCGGACGCCAAGGAGUCUUACCCUUCACUACCUUCUGGGUAUCAACAAAGCCCUUCGGAACACCCAUCGGACCCUAUCUACUGAAAUGGGCUAUGACGUUCAUCAUGAUCGUAGCACCUCCUGCAGGUGAUGCAUUUCAGUUUGUCGUGAGUCUGAAGACUUACCCCGAAGGCCUUUUCUUUUUGGCCAUGAGUAUUGGUCUCUACAUCGUCCGGCGUCACAACAAGCGCGUCGGAAGAGGGCCACCAGAGUUCAAGGCUUGGGAUGUCGCAGCCAUAUUUUUUAUUCUCAUUCAGAUCUUCAUCAUCGUUAUGCCAUGGUAUCCUCCCAAGGGCGGCCCCUACGCUGGCGACUACAACCUUUUCAGCAUGAUUCUUUGUGGUGUCUACUACGUAUUCUGGAUUUACAUCAUUCCCAAAUGGAAGGGUUAUGCAAUUCGUCCAGAAGUUCUCGAAGUUGACACAAAUGGCGCCAACACGCAUCGCUUGGUCAGAGUGCCUCUUGUUGAGAUUGAGAAAUGGGAUGCAGAGCAUGACGAAGCUGGGAAUUUGAGGCAACGUCACGUUGGCGAUGGUCCAGUACAGGCAGGCGAGGUACUUGAUCACAAGGAGGUUUGA